AAAAGUGCCGCUGCUCACGCAGCUCCCCUUUCUUCUUCCUCCCUCCGCUUUUUUUUCCCUCUUCCUUUCUUUCUCUCCACGACAUCCUUCGCCUCCCGCCCGACGAGAGCUUCGCGCCUUAAUCGGCCCAUCACCGCAUCUCUGCUUUCCAGCAUCAUCGCAUUUCUCGAUUCGUCCAUCGCCUCGGCCCCGCCGCAGCAGUUUCGAUUUGCAAUAAUAUCUUGGGGGCUUUGUUUUCUCUCUCUUUCUCCUUCUUGCACCUUAGGUUGGGCAUCCCUUCGCGCUACUUCGUCACCGACAUCUCGAACCGGGAAUUUCCCACCACGCCCUACCAAACCCUCGCUACGAACUCGUCUCUGCAGAAUUUGCAGAUUUACCGGUUCCGAUACUCCAUAA